AUGGCGAGCGCCGGCAACAGCGGUAGCGGGGACGACGAUGCAGGAGGGAAGCUCCUGGCGGAUCGCUACCAGAAGGGCGAGGUCCUCGGCGAGGGCACGUACGGAGUCGUCUUCAAGGCCAUCGAUACCAAGACUGGAAAUACAGUCGCAGUAAAGAGAAUCCGGAUAGGGAAGGACAAGAAGGAAGGUGUCAACUUCACCGCAUUGAGGGAAAUUAAACUACUUAAGGAGCUGAAAGAUCCUAAUAUUAUAGAGCUGAUUGAUUGUUUCCCUUACAAGGAAAAUUUGCACCUUGUAUUUGAGUUUAUGGAGACUGAUCUGGAAGCUCUCAUAAAAGAUAAGAACAUAAUACUAUCUCCAGCUGACACAAAAUCAUAUGUCCAGAUGAUGUUAAAAGGCCUAGCAUUCUGCCAUAAGAAAUGGGUGCUACACAGGGAUAUGAAACCAAAUAAUUUACUCAUUGGUGCCGAUGGGCAGCUCAAGCUUGCUGACUUCGGUCUGGCCCGUAUGUUUGGGAGUCCAGGAAGGAACUUCACUCACCAGGUCUUUGCUCGUUGGUACCGGGCACCAGAAUUAUUAUUUGGCUCGAAGCAGUAUGGAUCUGGGGUGGAUAUUUGGGCUGCUGGAUGUAUUUUUGCUGAACUGCUUACUCGCAGAGCCUUUCUCCAGGGUUCUAGUGACAUUGAUCAACUUGGGAAGAUUUUCGCAGCACUUGGGACCCCAAAGUCUUCUCAAUGGCCUGACAUGGUUUAUCUUCCUGAUUAUGUUGAAUACCAAUAUGUUGCUGCACCUCCACUACGUACAUUGUUUCCAAUGGCCAGCGACGAUGCUUUGGAUCUUCUGUCAAAAAUGCUUACAUAUGAUCCAAAAGCAAGAAUCAGUGCUCAGCAGGCUCUAGAACACAGGUACUUUUCAUCGUUACCUGCUCCAACAAGACCAUCACAGCUUCCAAGGCCACGGCGGAAAGGAGAUCAAGGGAAUAGCAAGAUACCUGAUCUGAACCUGCAGGAUGGCCCUGUGGUGCUCUCCCCACCCAGAAAGUUACGUAGGGUGACAGGGCAUGAAGGGAUGGAAGGUAUGCACAGGGCAGAUAAAGUGGACGAGCAUCCUUCUGGGAUGAGGCAUACAGAUGACAUGCCCAGUCAGAGUUCUAGAAUUCCAAUGUCAGUUGAUGUUGGAGCUGUGUUUGGCACACGACCUGCACCUAGGCCAACAUUGAACAGCGCAGACAAGUCUCGUUUAAAACGGAAACUUGAUAUGGACCCAGAGUUUGGAUAUGCGGAGUAA